AUGCAAAGAGGCGGUUCUUUGCCGUCCUCUUCGCAGAAUCCACCUAACGGGUCAAUAGCUGCUGGCGGCGCUGCAACGGCCAACCCGACAAAUUUGCCCUCGACUUCUUCGCAACCAGUUCAGUACUCUCAACAUCAGCAGCCAAUGAUGGGAAUGGCUCCACAGCAGCAAAAUUUCCACCAGCAGGCCUCUACUUCGUUUCUUCUGGUCGAGCUCGAACGCAGAAUUGUCAACCUUGGCGAUAUCGCUCAACGAGACGACUUGAAGCUGAAAACACUCCAGGUGCUGUUAAUAAAACUCUGUCUAAUAGUUCUAUAUCUGGAAAUCUUGACAAGUACAGAAAACUAGGACAGUUAAAUUCUUUAAUAUUCAAAAACUUUCUCAUUUGAUGUGAAGCAUUUUUUUAAACUAUCUUCUGAGAAAAAAACAAUUAUGAGUUGGGUUUAUCAUAAAGAGAGUCGAGAAUAGCUUGAUAGCCUUACCUCGUUUUAUUUCCUUAUUCUCUUCUUCAGGAAAUCUGGGCGAGCUUGGACACUUGCUAUCAACUACCAGCCUAUCAAAAUCCAAUCGAGAACCUGAUGCACUGCUUCAUAAAACUUUUCAGCGAAACGACACCUCAGUUCAUAGCUGAAAACAAUACUCAGGUGACUCUUUUUCUCGGAAAAUCUCAGUACCAUUGUCCUUGCAGCUUCUUCGGAAACUGAUGCUCGAAGUGAUUCUGAGGAUGUCGAGCAUAGACGCUGUGAAACGGUUUUCCAGAGACCUGCAAAAAAUAAUGCUCCGACUCAUAACCGUCGAAAACGAAGAAAAUGCAAUUUUGGCCAUCAAAAUCAUCAUCGAUCAGGGCCGUUCCGUCAGAACCCAAUACAGCAGCGAUGUGAGAUCACUCUUGUUUUUUGUACCUUUCUUUUUUUUUCAGAUAACAGCAGCCAUGACGGCUUUCAAGACGAUGUUGAAAGACUUGAGCGCGGCUUCUGAGUGGAUGUUCAUCACGAGAAAACCGCCCAACGACAUCAGCAAUCGCUCCGACGAAGACGUCAUCUCUCAGGUUUUCCCGUUCGCAUUACUCUUCGAAAAAGGUUCUUCAGGAGUUGGCAUAUUGUUACCACUUGCAAGCGGUCACACUUGGCGGCUCUUCAGAUACCAAGGUAGCUUGAAAGAAAGUACGAAAAAAAUGUGUCUUCUUUUUCAGUACAAUCUGAUUCCGCGGGCUACUCUGUCAGUCAAAUGCCUACAAGAGGUUCCGAUGCUCGUCGUGUUCUUCUUUCAAUAUCACAAGCAGAAUAUUCAAGCCGAGGUACGCUUUCUCUUUUGAAUCGAAAAUUAUUGAGAACAUCCUUUAUUCGUUUACUGAUGAGAAUGAACCUGAUUAAGGUGACAGAAUUUAUGCUCCACGGUCUUCAAUUCCUCAACGCAGUGGUUCCGAAUCCAGAAGGCUUGACGACCUACAAUCAGCAGCUCGCCGAUGACUUUUGUCUCGCACAGGCCAAAUUCCUCAAUUUCGUCAAUAUUAUGGGUAAAGUCCCAAUGGUAAGCUUCUUUCAUCAGAUUAAAAUGAACGUAGUUCACAAAAAGAAUAAAUUUUUGCAAACAAAAAAAACUUUAAUUGAAGUUUUAUUUGCAGUACAUGGAUGUAAUUCAAAGCCAAGGAAACUUGCUCGUUUCCGGCGUUCUGCAGCUUUUGGAGCAUUGUCCAGCUGCUCUGAUAACCGUGAGGAAGUGAGCUUUUUGACUUAUUCUUCAAUUCUUAACAUUUUAUCUUUUGAGGGACGUUCUAAUGACUCUUAAGUACUUCUUCUCUUGCGAAAUUCGCAACAAGUUCCUACCGGUUCUGCCAAGGCUGAUUUCUGAAACUGCGUUGCUUGGAAAAGGAUUCACCUCUGUGGACCACUUAAGGUAAAUUGCUGUGGCUGAGAAAAAUUAAUUUUUCAUCCAGAACAUUCCUGUAUCAAAUGCUGGCCGACCUCCUCCACCACAUGCGCAACAGUUUAAACUUCCCCAUGCUUUCUUAGUCAGUUCCAUUUUUAAUUAUUUAAUUCAAGGUGUUCAAGAAACAAAAAUUGAUCGGAAUAAUUGAAAGGAAAAGUUUUUUUCUUCGAGAUUUUUAUAGGAUCUCAUCACAGGUCUUUCUUUUUUCUUCAAUUGCAUUUUUCCGAAAUAAUUUUGAUGUAUAACCCUAACAAAAUCUGAAUCGAAGUUUGAUUUCAAAGAUUUUUUACUAAUUUUUGAAGGGGGUUACUGUUCUAAAACUAUCACAUAUAUUGCAGUGUGGCAUUCAUUUUCUGCCGUCAGCUCCAUGAUCCGACCGUCAGUUUCCAAGUUCAAAUAAUGGCCGCACGUCUUCUCAACAGCGUCACAGAAUGUAUGGUUCGAAUGGAAUCUCAAGGCGAACCCGUUAGUUUUAUUUCCUUCAACUCUUUUUUUUUACCUAUUCGAAUUCAAAUCAGUUUUCAAAUGAUCCUUUUUCCCAACAAAUUUGUCACAGUUCAUUUUUCAGCGUUUUGUAAUCGUGUUCUUUUCCAGACUCGCGAUCUCAUUUUCGAAGUUUUGGAGUCUUUGGUGGCGAAGUUGAAAACUGUAGCAGUCUAUCAUCUGCCCCUACUGUUUCAAAUCCACGCCAACGAGCUAGACUACGAGUACAAGCCUCCGGAGAGGUUCGCAGAAGAAGAGGCGCCGCCGACGUCUUCCGAGAUAAAGCCGAAGGAGAAGCCCAGGGAACGACGGGAUUCUGUCGACUCUGUCAAGGAACUCGAGUUCCCCGGUCAGUAUUGGACAAAUUUUCUUCGAAAUAGGAAAAAUGGGGCGUUGAAUGCGCCGCCAUUUCCAAUUUUAUAAAAAAGCGGUAGCCAUAUUUAUGAAAUUGUUUUCCAGUUCCCUUAUAAGGGAAAUGGUAUUAGAAUUCUGUACGAUGAUUUCUGGAGAGACGGUUAUUUCGAAGUAGUUACUAAACUUUUAAAAUGAAAAAAAUUUUCUCUUUGAAGAAGCUUCAGUUUGAAAAUAUCAAGUUUGCAGUGGCGUCGAUGAACGAAGUGCCGAUUUCUUCGCUUCCGCCGCCCACGAAAGAAGGAAAAUUCGCCACUCCUGAUGCUAUCCUCACUUCGUUAUGGGCUGUCAGUUUUCGUUCCAGCCUUCACAAAAAGUUCAAAACUCUAAAAAAAAAAAACUUUUAGCCGCUUUUAAGAUCUUCUUACUGGAAAAACUUUUCGAAAGGUAACAAAAAAAAGGGUAAUGUUAGAAAUUACAGAAAUAUUUUGAUAGAAGUGCUCGAAAAAAGCUUUAAACAGUCUACCAGGAAAAAAAUGAAAGAUGGAUUUUUUUUUGCAUAUUUUCAGAUUUUCAGGAAACAAAGUUUUGCGUAGUUAAAGUUCUCAAAGUACUGAUUAACUUGGAAGCCUGUUAAAUUUAGUUGUUUUUUUAGUCUUGUAUGAUGUCACCAAAAAAAAAAACCAAUUGUGCUGAUUAAGGUGACUCCGCCGCCAAUCUCGGUUUCGGACGGUCGAAACCUUAUAAAGUACAUCCUGCAAACGGCGAAGUUCGCGACGAAUCAAGUCAAAGACACGCGAUUGACGAAGAGUUCUGCCCUUUUUCCGAAUUUUGAGUUCAUUCCAACUCUUUCCAGACUCUUAUCACGUUUCUCGAGAGCGUGAUCUCUACGAAAGGCUUCUGAAGUACGGCGUGAUGUGCAUGGACGUCUUCAUUCUGCCGCACAAUGCUCCGCGCAAUCAGCUGCCGUCAGAUUUCUCCGUUUUUCUUUCUCAUAUCCUUUUUUCAGAUCAGGCUCUUCCAAUCGAUCCAAGGACGAGAAAGACACCCUCGAGUCUCUCACCAGUGUGGUUGGUUUCUCAUGAUUUCGUGUUUACUCUUUGAAUGAAGAUCGUGUCGACGUUGGUCUUGAUCUCCGUUACUUAUUACCACAAAAAAAUUAAUUAAAAACAUUUUUUGCUAUUCCCUUGAUAUUUUGACCCUUUUUUCAGUUUACAUCAAUCAACCACGAAAUAUUCCGCGAACUCUUCACCAAAUACAUGGAUUUUCUCAUCGAACGCAUAUUCAAGUGAAUUUUUUGAAAUUUCAAAUCAAAAUUUUUUAGAAACCUCCCCCUGCAAAUAUUGGUCAAUACGUUUUUGGUCCGGAAUGAAGUGCCCUUUUUUGCAGAGAUCAUGUUGAAGUAUCUCAUGUCAAGAAUGGCCUUUUUGUCGGGUAUUUUUUUUUCUGUUGUUAUUUGUCUUAUGGAACCGUUUCAGUGAGCAAUGAGAAGACAAGUCUUUAUGUGAAGCUGUUCAAAAUAAUUUUUUCCGCGAUCGGAACCCACCAACCAAACGUAGAGGGCGAGAAAAUGCUCAAGGUUGGUUCCUUUCAAAUCUAGUCUUCAAAAAUAAGAAGGAAGAAAAAAAAAAGGAAAAUACAUUUUCACAAAAAAUUUUACUCUUUUCACAUGACUUUACUCAUUUUUUGAAUUUUUUUGCGAAAACCAUUCAUCUGAAAUUUCCUAGUGCACUGUUUUUCGACAUUCUUGCCUACGGUCUCAGGUCGUGAGAAGGAUAGUCAGAAUCAUACCGGCGAUAGGAACUUUCUCAAACUCAACUUUGUUCAGCCGUACCUGCCAGACCUGAUCCGCCAGUCGACGACCUUGGCCCUGAGCGCUCGCGAGCCGCUCAACUACUUUUUGCUCCUUCGGGCCCUCUUCAGGUCCAUAGGCGGCGGCGCUCACGAUAUUCUCUACGGAAAAUUCCUUCCACUUCUGCCCAAUUUGCUCCAGUUUUUGAACAAACUCCAGGUAGUUUAUUGGGUCUCCGCAAGGUUCAGAGUUCAUUUUGCAGUCCUGUCAACAUCGAAUCCAGAUGCGGGAACUCUUCGUCGAGCUGUGUUUGACCGUUCCUGUCAGGCUUUCAUCUUUGCUCCCUUACUUGCCUCUUUUGAUGGACCCGCUCGUUUGUGCGCUCAACGGAAGCUCUUCGUUAGUUCAGCAAGGUUCGAAAUCUUGAAACAUAGAAAGAAGCGGAAAACUGCUGUGCUCUUCAGAACGUUUUUUGUUUUGCUUAACUAACAGUUGGGUGUGUGUUCCUUAAAAAUACUAGCACUUCAAAAAAGUGAUUUUUUGUUGUUGUUGCUGCAAAACCUACUGAGAAGAAAAGAUGAGCAAAUAGGAUAAAAACCUAUCCCCUUUUUACCUAUCCCCAAUCUGUCUAUGUCAUGAAAACGUUCAGGCCUACGAACUCUGGAGCUGUGCGUGGACAAUCUGCAGCCGGAGUAUCUCUUUGAACACAUGGCUCCAGUCCGCGGCGCUCUUAUGCAAGGUCUUUGGCGCGUCGUCGGCACUUCGACCGACCCCAACUCGGCCAACGUCGCCUUCAGAAUUCUCGGCAAAUUCGGCGGAGCCAAUCGAAGAAUGCUCAACGAGCCACAGGUUUCAGCGAAAAAAAAAGCAAAAUGAUUCUCGGGGUUGCAGCAGUUGCAAGUCGUCGACAAGGAUACAACUCAGUCACGUGUGAUCAUCUACUUUGAUCGCGCCGAUCCAAGUUCACUUCAUGGUCCAUUCUUGAGAACCGAACUGCCUCUUGAUGAACUGAUGAAAACGGCCGUCGAAACUAUGAAGUACUUUUUUGAUUCAUAAGUGCAAUAAUCAGAAGAAAACUUGACAAAACAUUUUUUAAAUUUUAUUAUAGGUAUUUAUUAUAGUUAAAUAGUUAUAGUUGCUGUUUUCUCCCAAAAAGUGCUCACCUUUUAUUUUAAUUGAUUUUUCACCUCGGGACUAUCGAUUUUCAGGCUCUGUGCCUUGCAAGGAGAGCCAAACGCCCAGUCUCCCUUAGGUCCACAGCCCAAUCUUGCUCAAAUUCCCAACUUGCACUUACGACAACAGUGUAUGGAGGUAGUUUCGUUUCACUCAUUUUUCAAAAUGCGGGAUUUAAAAAAAAUUCGAAAUGCAACAAAAAGAAACCGUUACAGCUUGCAAAAUCGGUUCUGUUGACGGCGUUGGGACCGAUGGAGUUUUCCUCGGAGAGCUGGACGAAUUCACUUGUCGAACAUCUCAAAAAACAGUUCAAAGUGAGUACCGCCUUUUCAGCAUUGGCAGUUUCAUUUGCUGCAGACCUUCGAUCUGACCGAUGCUCCGACCAAUGUGUACAAGUGCUCGCGAGAAAAAGACCGACAGCUCUACAUAAACGCUUUGCUCGUCCUCUUUUGUGAGUGAUAGAUCGAAGAUGAAAGAAACUUUUUUGAUUAGACGGAGUCCGCGGAAAAGACUUGCGUCAGUACUUAAAGUUCUUCAACGCAGUCUUGCGUCAGCUGUCCAUCCAAGCAGUUCUCGAGUUUGUCGGUCAGUCUGGUUCCUCUGAAUGGGAGCAUCCACGGAUGAUUUUGAGGCGGCAACAAGUGGAUAAGACAGUCGGAGAACGAGCAAACUCUGCACCUGUGCAUGGACGCAGCCAUUCUCGUCGAUGCCCUCACCUCGGCUUUUUCCGACUCCAACAAGGAUUUCUGUUUCUCGGCGAUGGUCGCUCUACUGCACAUCAGUGACACUUGUGGCUGGAUUCUUCAAGACAUCAGUCUGGUAUGUCCAGAAUAUGUUGAAUAUCUCAAAUCGGCCAACUCAUCUGCGUUUUCAGAUGUCAAAAGUGCCGUUUUGCCGUUACCUGGUCGAGAAACUGAUGCAGUUGUGCUACGGACCAGCCUGGUUCGCGCGCUUGGGCGGCGCCAGUGCCCUGGGCUACAUGGUCGACAGUUUUCCUUUGAGUUUCAUUGAGGACAAUAUGAUCAAGAUUGUCGAAAGCAUGGUCGAGGUCAGUGUGAAUUCAGUAGAAACUGAGAAUUUAUUUUGGAAGAUCAAAAAAUAAGUUGAUUUCCUUGGACAAACGAGAUCCACGAAAUUUCCCAUUCAAGGUUCUGAUUGGGACGGUCGACGAAAUCUCUUCGGGGGCCGUGGACAUGGCGAUCGAAGGCCUGGAGAAGUUGCACAGGAAGGUCAUCAACAAGUGCUCGCCUCAAGAUUCGCCUCAAGUUGCCGCAGAAAACGAACGACGUCUCCACAUUUUUGUUUCAUAUUACUCCAAACAUUUCUUCCACGGCAGCAGUGACGUCCGCGAAAAAGUUCUCUCCAAGCUUGAAUUUUUCCAUCAAUUACUUUUCAUAUCAGAUGCGCGCUUUACUCCAACAGUGUGCCCAGUUGUCGGCUAUUAGCGAAACCUACGACGCCUUCAUUUUCCGGUUCAAGGGCUACUUCGUCAAGGAUAUUGGUGGGUUUUGGUAUCGAGAAUCACUUUUUGAGCAUUUAUUCGUUGCUCUUCAGGCGAAAAAUAAAUCAAAAAUCUUCAGAAAGAACUUUGAACACGGCGCCGUACCUGUCGUUGGCGGACGCGACGGCUUCUUUCGACGCCAUCUACGAGCUUCUGAGUGUGAAACCUUCCCUGUACCCCUUCACAGAGGAUCGCCAGAGGUGGCAUCGCUUUCUCGGACUUCUUCUCGAACAUUGCCAACAGGACGCGGCAGGACUCUUGCAACGGUUACUCAAGAUUUUACCAAAUAAUAAUCCAAUUUAUGAUUUUGAAGAGAGAGCUUUAAAAAGUCGGAAAGUUGUCCAGCUCAUUUCUUGCCGCCGAUCCCGAUUUGCGACCAGAUAGAAAUUCUCCGCGCCAACGCUUUAAGUAGGCUAAAAAAAUGAAUUUGAGUUCAGCAGUACUUUUUAGGGGCUCUUAUUGCUUGUUACAAUAUGAUGAAGCCGUCGGAGGACUGUAUGGACUUUUCAGAAAUCGCCUCGGAGGAGACAACAUUGCAUAGGAAGAUGGAGGUAAAAGGAUAUUUUAGUGGGAUUGUGUUUCGAAAUGCCAAUACCUCGGUCAUUUCGAAACUCUUUAUACGAGAGAAUCUCGAGGAUCAUUUCUAAAAAGAGUUUGCCUUCGUGUUGGAUAUAAUGAUUCGAAUAUUUUUAUCUUUAGUAGGAUGUGACCUUUUCCAGCAACUGAAGUUUGAGUUGGCUGUGGAAAAAAGCCCGGUGACAUUGACCGACGUGAUUGCGGAAGAUGUGAGGAAUCCAGAAAAUCGGCUGGUCGUAGUGGCUCUCCGCGCGACUCUCGAUUUGCACAACGAGAUCGUGAGCACCGCCGGAAUGCAAGCUUUGGUCAAGGUUUAGAGAAAAACUAGACUCGUAGGACCUCAAAGAAGGAAUUUCAGUGCGCUCCCAUUUCUCUGGAAGUUCUAUCCGCCGUCGGGGAGGAAACAGUCAAAGAGAUCAUGGGGAGCAGCCAGCUGCUGCCUACUGAAGUCAUCCAGUUGGCGCGUCUUUUCGACCUCAAUCCCGAUAUUUUGACGCCAGAACUAGCCGAAAAGAUCGUCGUACGUUCAUCUUAAAUCACACGAAAAUAAUGCAUUUCCUUUUCAGUUUUAUUCGUUUUUUUAGGGUCACAUAACGAACUGGAAGCCAAACUCGUCUCCAGUAGUGGAAAACCAGGAGAAACAGCUGCCCUCCGAAUCGACGAGUGACAAGAGAUUGGCCGAAAUCGACGCGAUCAGCGAGGCGAUCAGAAUCCUGGCCGGAAGCCAAACCGCGACGACGGCCCAACAAGCGGUGGCCAUCGCUUCCUUCAUUGCGUCCUUCGAAUACACCUACACGCAAAAUGUCUUUUUCUUUCUUAUUCUUCCUGUUCGAAAAUUACAAACCUUGUUCUUACAUGUUUUUUUUUGGUAGAGGGACAUGAAAGUCCACAAAAUUGACUAGUUCUGAGAAUAUAAUCUUCAAAACCGCACUUUUUCGCCAAUUUUCAGAAAAAGCUCCUCCUACAACAAAGAUAGUCGUUUUUUGCUUACAUAACAUUUUAAAUUGAAUCGCCGACAAAAGUAUUCGGCUUUGUAGAAGAAAUCUCAGUAAUCAAACGUGAUUCGAAAUUUUCCGAUUUUGAAUAAUCUUUUGAAUUUCACGUUCAAGCAAAAAGGGAUAAAUAAGGGAAAUCAUUCAUUGAACAUGAUUAAACGUUUUAUUUUAUUAUUUUUCAAGUGACGUCUUUUAUAGGUUUCACCCAACUUCAAUAGAAACAUAGCCAAGAUGCUGGCGCGGUUCCCGAAGCAGGCCAUCCAGUUCCUCUACAGCGAAGAGAGCGUCGAAAUGCUCGAAAGACGCGCCUUGUUCCGUCAAAUCAUCAAGCGCGAAGAAGCCCUUCCUGUCCGAGAAGAACUCAUUCGGAACGUCGUUUACUUUGAGAAUGCGAUCGAAGGCCGCGCCUUGGUAGGAUCAGCCUGUUUUCAGUCACUGAAAAAGUUCUCAGAACGCGGAAGGCCAGUGGAAGGACGUCGUCGGGGACAACGAGGCCGCCGAGUUGAUGCUCAUCGAAAGGGAACAACUCACGCUCACCCUCAUUGACCACAUCUCGCGGAUCCACGUCGACUGGUUCGUCUCGCCAACGUCUCCUGUCGGACGCAUGAAAGAGGUCUGAAAUCCCCGUUUGUCUGUUUUUCUCAAGGAAAAUAAUGCCUCUAUAGUUCAAGCGACAUAGCAGUCACAUGAGCUUUUCAUACAGUUUCCACAUAAUAACCAACCAUCUCAGAACAAUUUUAGAGAUAAAAAUUUUAAGGACUACCACAAAGGUAGGUCACUUCUGUAGGAUGAUUGUGAUGUCUCGUUUGCGAUCAGAAUUUGUGAAUCAAUCCACACUUUUUUCUUGCUUUUUAAUAGUUUUUUUUAUCUCUUUUAGUGAGGAUAGGUUUAGACUACUCUCUCUUGUUUAUGAUGUUAACUUUUCAUUCAAAAAAUCCUUAGUAUUAAAAAUACAUUUUUCUACUUUUUUUUCCCUACUAGUUUUCAAAAAUAUUUUUUCCUACCAAAUCCAAACGUCAAGUUUGAAAAGCUGCUUCCAACAGAACAGGUCUGUGUCGUGUCAGUUUUUAGAAGAAUAAUCAGUUUGAUCCUCGAAAGUUUUAAUUAGAUUCUACUUAGAUCUAAAAAUGUUUGGAAAACCCUUUUUGUUAACUGUUUUACGAUGAACAAUCUACUUUUAUUCAUUAAGUUCGAAAUUGCUGUAGAGUUCCUAAAAUAUGUUCUACACUAUAAAAUCAAUGGAAGAAUCUGUAGCUUUGGAACAAUGCCGAGUUCAAAAAGCGAUACAUUGUGCGGGUUCCUGGAGAGGACGACCGCAAGCGGAUCACCGUGCGCUGGAUGACUGAACACAAGUACAAAGUGCCGAAACUAAUCAUCAACUGCUUCAUUCGUUAUCUGAGGUGACUCAGUAUCAGAGUGAUGAUUUCAAUAAUUUACGACUUCAGAAUGAACAACGAGGACUACGAACUUCUGUUUGACGUUUUGCUCGUGUUCGUGGGAAACUUCGUCACCGACUUUUGCUACGUUCGCGAGUUCCUCGAAAAAGAAAUCAUCCCGGUCAGAGACGGAAGAGUAUGAACAACGAAAAUGGAUUAUUCGCAGGUGGUUUCCUUGGACUGGCGUCGAGACGCGUUCAUUCGAGUGAUGGAAAAGUUCGAGACGAAUCCAGAGAAGGCUGUGACUGACUUGAGGAUGGUCAAGGCCAUCCAGUACCUCGUAAUUCCUUCCCUCCACUGGGCCUUCGAGCGCUACGACGUCGACACGGUUCGUUAUACUGGGAUGCCAAUAAUAUUUAUGAAAAAACACAGAUUGUUGGUCCUGGACUCGCUUCUCCUGAAACCACCGAAGAGGAUCCGGCCAAUCUCGUGUCCAGACUUGCCAAGGUGAGAAGAAGACGCGUUUUGAAAAUUUUCGAGGAUCUUUAAAAGAAGAUCAAAAGUUUUCCAGAUUAGAGUGAAAUACAUUUCAAAAUGCAUCUUUUAAUGGUUUUUUUAUUCUAGUUCUUACAAGGAGAUGCCUUUUUUUUUCGCGAUUUUUCUGAACAAAGAAAGUUAUUUUCGCAGGUAGUCGAUGCGCACCGACUGAGGAUGAGUGACGGAAUGGUCAUCGUCUUUUACCAACUUUGCACUCUUUUUGUUCAAUAUGCUCCGCAGCACAUUCACAACAACGCCUGCAAGUACGUUUCUGUUUCACCAAUAUAGUCAUUUUUCUUUUCUGAACUUAAAUCGAAUUUUUAAUUAUUUUACCCUGCUCAAUAGCCUCGAAAAAUGAAAUAAACUAAAAGCAGGCAGAAAUAAAAUAUAUUUUUUUUUCUGAAAUGAUCCCCAAUUUUGUUUUCAGAAGACAAGGAGGCAGACUCCGAGUGUUUAUGUUGUUUGCCUGGCCGUGUCUGACUCUGGCCAACUCCCAAGACCCCACGACCCGCUAUACUGGCUUCUACUUCUUGGCCAACAUCAUCGAGAGAUUCACGAUAAACCGACGGAUCGUCCUUCAAGUCUUCCAUUGCCUCUCUUCGACAUAUCUUUCCGACAAUCGGGAUCAAGUAUCUUUCGUUUCAAACAUCUUUCUCACGUUUAUUUUUAUCUUAGAUUCGCAAAGCUAUCGACAUUUUGACCCCGGCGGUGCCGAUGAGGAUGGAGGACGGUCAUCAACAAAUUCUGACGAGCGUCCGACGUGUUCUUCUCGAAGAGUCGCACAACCUUGCCCACGUUCAGCAUGUCUUGUUAGUUUUGAUGGGUCAAAAAAGAUUCAAACGGACUUUCUUUCUAAAAAAAGAUGCACUCUAGUUUAACUUCCGAUGAUUUUGCCAAAGACUUUGCGCUCAAUUACAAAGCUCUUUUUCACGCGUCAAUCCUCUCAUUGCGCUCAUCAUUUUUUGGUCAAGAAAAGUUCAAAAACAAAAUUAAAAGUUUGUUUUUCCCUACAUAUUACCUGAGAAAAGUCAAUUCUGAAAAAAUAAUUUCCUUUUUCAAUGCACCGUUAUUUGAAGCUUGAUGGUCGUUCGAAACUACCGGGUUUACUAUCAAGUUCGCCACGAACUCGCGGGACCUCUAAUGGCCGCUGUUCAGAGGGCUAUAGUGACGCCAAAUAACGUCAUGGACAGGUGAAAUCAACUUUGUAUAUACCUUUUUUGAUCUAGCUUCAUUUUUUUUUCAUCAAUUUGUUUCAGUAUAUUGACUCGGAAACUGGCUGUUGAUGUUUGUGAGAUGAUCAUCAAGUGGGAUUUGCUACGCGCUUUCCUCACAGAUCCGCAGUCUCAAGUAACCGCAGAACAAGCCAUGGAGGUUCCCCACAGAAAAAAAUAUUCUUCAAAGACGUUUCUUGAGGUUGACAAACUUCUGGAAAAACUGAAGACGUCGAACGAUAAGGAAGAAACGACAGACCCGAGCGGCAGGACCUCCGACAGCUCAGGGAUUCCGUCGUUUGCCAAAGUUGGCGAGAAGGACGAUCCGUUGACGAAGGCCAUCCACAAGGAACAGACCGACCAAGUCGUCAACCUUCUCAUCCGUUUCGCUCUUCAGGUCCCUCCUCCAACCUUUUUGGUUAAUCCUUCGACUUUAUUGAUCUUUUUUUUUGUAAUUUUUUAUCGCAAUACUUUAAAAUUCUAUCAUACCUUCGAAGAAAAAGGCAGCUUUAGAUGAACCAGCUCUCCAUAAAAGAACAUGAAUUUUUUCGUGAUGUUUGGAAAAAUUUUCAUUCGUGAAAUUAUUUCUUUUUUUAUCAAACAAACUGUUCUAUCCGACGAUUAGAAAUCAAACCUUUGAAUAUUUUUGGAUCCAAAAAGUCAGCCGCCGUGUUCUUGGUUAGCAUUUCUAUAAGAGCAAAUAAUGAGAAAAAAAAAUGUUUGCAAGGGAGUUUUUGCAGCAGCCGCAGCCGGGAGUGCAGCCGACGAUGAUGCAGUCGGCGCAGGAGAUGUGCAAACGGAGCCAGUCGCUGCUCCGUGCCGCCUUGAAGCCCUCGGUGUGGGGCAACUUCGCCACGAUCCGACCUAUCAUGCUCGAGAAGCAGAUGACCAUCUCGCAGGAGGCUCUCAACAACAUGCGGCAGGAAGGCAGCCAGUCGUCGCAAUCCUCAAACAUGCCCACGCCUGCCCAGCAGGCUUUGGAACUCAUUCUCUCUAUCAUCAAUGUCGUCGUGAGUCUUCAGAGGCGUCGUUCACGUCUUCUGUUGUUCUUUUUCAGCCAAAACCGUUGCUUCUUCAAACAAUUCGACCACUGCAGCGUGCCAUCAUUUCCUGCUUGAACACCGGCAUCGCUAAUGUCAGUUUUUCAAGUUCAUGACUAGCCUUUUAGUUGAAUAGUCAUUGAGAAUGAGAAAAAAAAACUUGCGUUUUGAUUUUACUUUUAAUGUUUUUGUAUUUCCUAUGAAACACCAACUCUUGAGGUACAAAAAGCCAGCUCAAAUAUUGACCGUGUUUAGCUAAUUCGUUGCAUCAAUGUCCUGCUCGGAAAACUGCUGGAGCGAACCAACCACUCGCCUAAUGGACUGGAUGAGCUGGAGACCUUGAACCAAUAUCUCAACAAGUACCUAAACGAACAGUUUGCUGCUGGAAACAAGUAUCUCAUCAAUCUCCAGCACAGAAAUGUCUAUUUUCUCUCCUAGAACCGCCAGCAUGCCUACUCAGCACAUGUUCACUCCAUUCUCUCUGCUGCGGACCAUUUGCAGCUACGAACCGGCGUAUUUGGACACAGUGUGCUUGCAGACAUUCAUUCGGGUUGGAAUCUCUCGAAAGUUGGUUUUGAGAUUAUGUUUGUGCUCAGAUAAUGGAAAAAGCAGCGAGAGAACAUCUUACGACGCCAAUGCAAACACCGGCUACAAUCAACGAACGAGGUGACUUCGGAGAGCCUUUUCUUUUUCUAGAAAUAAAUUUCUCGCACAAAUCCUUCAUUCCGUAUAAGUCUUCAUUCAAGUGGCUGUUCUUGUUUUGGCCUUUCAACUAGAGCACAAGGUCCAGCUAAAACAUCCAAAAUAUUCUGAUCCUCCACUUCGCCAAAGGCGGCUGUUCUAUAUGACUUAAUAACUUCUUGUGUGCCGCCUAGUCGAUCAAUUCUGUGCCUAAACAGAAAAUCGAUGUUUUAUUGUUGUAGAGCAUUUUUGACUUCUCUCAAGUCUGAUUCAAAAAAAGGGUUGUUAUAAAAAAGGCUUUUCAGAUCGAGCUAUUAAUGAGCUGGUGUCUCUUUCGCUGGAACUGAUCCGACCGCGAAUCGAGUUCAUCUCCGGAGACACUAAGCGCUACAUCGGCCAGAACAUUUUAUUGGUGCUCAUCGACAGAUCGAGCCACGAAAAGAUCUCCGAGAACGUACUGCGUGUCAUAGGCGCCAUGAUCUCUGAGGGCGACCCCGAGGUCCGUUUAAUUUUUCAAUUAAGAAAAUUUCGAUUUUUUUUUGAAAGUGAAUGACGUCAUUUCUGGGUUCGGUUGUUUUUUUCAUUUGAGUUUUAUUUACAACCAUUCUAAAUAACGAUUCUUAUUGCAGACAACUAUCGGAACUGCAUUGCCGUUGUUGAUUCGCUACCAGAAUGUCAUAGAUAAAAGAUUCAAGUACGUAAAUCAUCUUCUUUUUUUUUUAUGACAAAAAGUUUGUAUUCAGAAAUGCCAAAGAUAUAAAGCCGAACUUUUUGAUGUUGCUCUUGAAAGUAUUCGAAAAUGAGAAUUGGAGACAAACCGAGCUGGCGGACCGUCUUCUCGAAGGCUUUCACUGGGGACUCACGUCGCCGGUCGGUAUAAUUCUGCUUCAUAGGAAAAAAGAAUAAUUUAGCCAUCAAUCCAAAUGGGAUUCCGGUAAUAUAAGAAAAUUUUUAUCUCGAAAAUUUUUCAAAAUGUAUGCUCACACUUUCACACAAAGAAGCCAUCGGGGCAUUUGAAAGAUAGUUUUCUCAGCAUGAAGAAAUUAUUGAGACUAUCCAAUCGCAGGACGCCGAGAUUCGUGAGAAGUUUCUGAGCACCUGGGAGAACACGACGCCCGAACUGAAGACGCCAGACGUCUAUCAGCGACUUCGUUUCGUGAUGCGUGGCGUCGAUUGGGCACGCUUCCGCGAGUUUUUCUGGUUGCGUCACGUCUUCUGGCUAAUUUUGCGUUGUGUCCGAAAAGCUAGUGGUAAUAUAUUCGCUUUUUUUGUCAAUAAUAUAGCCUCAAUUUUCUUUUUGUUUCAAAUCUCUUUUACUAUACUUUUUAUUUCACAGAUAUGAAGGAAACACUUCUGAAACGUAAACGGAUGUUGAUGGAAGAUUGUGCGACGUUUUGGAAAACGUUCGAGUUUUCAGCCAACCUUCAGACUAUGCAGCUUCACCCUACUGUAACUGAGAAACUGGAUAGGUUUUCAUGUGACUAUUUAUUCAGAACGAGCAUAUGGAAACUGAUGACGGAGGACUGUCGAAAAACCUGCUGACCAUGCUCGAAGAUCAGAAGCCGCUCCUCGACGAGGCCGCGAGUUUCGACUUUGCGGAGUCGAUCGAGUGCGUAGCGCACAUCGCCUUCGGAGUCCAAGGUUGGAAGCUCUAAUAAUAUAAACAUCUUGUCGGUUUCCAGACACGGGUUUCUUGGCCAAUGUGUGGGUAGAUGUGUUCAAGUCGAUAUGGAUUGGACUGGAGGCGAACGAGCGGCAAUCGAUUGAAGGUGAGGUUGAGGGGGAAACAUCCAGUCAAAGAUUUGUCCCUGCAGCUCUGAUUGUGCCGUUCCUGAGCAGCGGUGUCCACAACUCUUUCGUCUCCGGAGCCGAGAAGUCCGUCCUCGCAGUCUGGUUGCGAGCCGUGCAGUACUUUUCGCCGCCUCUGCCACCAGCUCUCAUCAAGGUUCAAACAAAAGAACUUCCAUCUGAGAAUUCACACUCUCUUCUUUUUGAAAUGUCUUGCAGCUACACGAAAAAAAACUCGAAGAAAUCAGCAAAAAAAAUCAAUUUUUUUUAGAUUUCUUUUCAUAAACAAUAGCUGAAAAGUUCAAAUGAAAAAGAAAGAAAGAAAAUUAAUUUUAAAAGACAUAAUCUUUGCGAUCACAUCUCCAUCCAACUAGUUGUCACAUUUAUGACGCUUUAUAGCUUUAAAACUCCCUACACUAGAGUUUACAUCUUGUGUUACUUUUUUCUGAGAAUCUCUCUUCAUAAAUGAUGUUGAGAUGCUUUUUUUAUCACACCCUUUAACACAAAAACCUUGAUUCAGUUGACGAAGAUUCCCUUUUCAGUUCAUUUCAACGCGCCACGAGUGCUGGCACCUCGGGAUGGAGCUCCUGGAACGGCAGGCGAUAUGCAUUCCGCGUCUGCAAAGCGCUAAUCCGUUUGACAAUCCUGUCGAUCAGCAAUCUCAAGUUUCUCACUCUUUCACCAUAAGUCCUAAUUUUAUCUUUUGAGGACGUUCUCGAACUCCUGGCUGACUUGUACUCCGAACUAUCUGAACUCGACCAGUUUGCGGCUGUUUGGGACCGUAGAGCUGUUCUCUCCGAAACAUCACAAAUUGUAGCCAAAGCCCAAUUGGUUGGAAACAUUUUAGCUCAGAAAAAAUAUUCAUUUUCUAGGGUGACUGGGAGGGCCUCAUGAGGUACAUAGAAGAACGCAGCAGCGGCGUCCUAGGCAAACUCGGCGAGUCCAUCUCGAACUCCGUAGACUUCCACGUUGAUCCGACUCGCAACCGGGAGUACGAGUUAUGGCUCAGCUACUACGAUCAGUCAGUCUCCGUUUGAGAAUCCCAAAAUCUCCCUCUGUUCAGGUCACUGAAAGAACUCAUGCAUUGGGAACCCUUGCGCGACCUCUCCAAUUCUGAAGACAUCCAGAAUCUCCAGUCUUUGAUGCUUUCCACUAUCCAUACUCCGGACUGGGUGACAGCCGACGUUUGCCGACAACAAGUCUCCAUUCUUGCCUUUCUUCCAUCUUAAACUAUCGAUUACAGAUCCAAGGAUGUGUUCCUCCAACCUUCCUUCCAACUUUCACCAUUUACAAUGCUAUAAUGAGCUUGAUGGUGAGUUCUUUCAUAUGAAAGUUCUUUUCAGGUGAUGAAAACAAAAAAAUAAGUGUGCCGGUAGCAUAGCUUUAUAAGUCUCAGAUCUAGGAAAGUGAAGUUUUAUGAAUUGAGUGAAAUUUUGAAAAAAAGUUUAAUUAUUAUGCAGUCACUUGGAAAAAUACUUCCUCAAAAUGGUUUUUUUAUGUUUGAAACUUUUUUUAAUUAUGGUUAGUAAUCUAUUUUUUUGUUUUUUUGAGAUAGCACCUUUUUCCAUUUUUUUCGGUUUUUAGAGUACAUAUGAAAAAAAUUCUCAAAUUUUUGAAUAUUCCAAAAAAAGGCAUUUUCAAGGUAAUUAACCUAACUAACGUACGAUAAAGACUGGCUGGGUCGAAAUUCCAAAAAAGCUUGCAGCCACUUCAUAUGGUUUUAUUUCCAUAAACGAAAAGUGUUAUCUGAAUGAAAAGGUUGAAGAGAUCUAUAAAGCGUGUAAUUAUGUGAAUGGUCCAAAAAAUGAAAGAAAAAACUCUGGUUUAUCAUUAGAAAGCUUAAGGUGAACGAAGAGAAUUCGUCGACGAUGCGUCAGAAGGUGAAAAGGUCGCUGGAAGAUGCAAUUCAAGUCAGUCAUAUUUUGUCCGUUCUCUGGUGCAAUCUGCGAUUUUAGGUGCACAUUUCUCGCUGGCGGUCGCUCCCCUGUGUCGUUUCCAAUGCGCAUGCCAAGUUGCUUCAGGUAGAGUGAAAUGGAUUGAAUUUCCAAGAAAAAAAAGCCAAGGACGACACAAAAAAGACACAGAAGCGAAUGCAAAAAUAAAAAGACGAUAACGAGAGUUAAUUAUGAUUUAUAGUGGUUCUUUUUAUUUUGGAAAACUAAAGAAAAAAAGCGAUGAGAAUUUAAUCGAAGUUAACUUCGAAAUAAAAACUAAAUUGUUGUAACUUUUUUAGGCUAGGAAGUAUAAAGAUUAUUUUUAAAGAAGUUCGAAAACUAAGAAAAUCAUAAAAUAAAAAAAGUAGCUACAAGAAUUAAAGAAUAAGUAAAAUGAAUUAUUUUUUUAAUUAUAAUCUUUGAACAUCUCCAGUCAAUGAACAUGAUCCGAGAGGUGGAAGAAUGUGUGGAACUCCGUUUCGCCAUUUUCGAGCAAACGAACAAAUACGAAGUGCAAGUGCUGACCGAAAUGAAGACCGUCAUCAAAGUUUGGAGGUUUUUUUUCUCGUUUCAAUCAAUAUCUAACGCCUUUUUUUCAGAAACCGGACGCCGACGAUAGCCGACGAGAUGAGUUUCAUUUCCUUGAUGUAUGAUUGGCGGUGUCAAAUGCACACGCUAGUUUUGAACAAAUUCGAGGAAUGGGACAAGUUGGGGGUGAGAGGAAAGAGAGAAUUCCGUUAGAAAAUAUUUUCAUUUGAGGUUGUCGUUCCGGCAGCGGCCAGCGGCCAGUCCAUUCUGCCGAUUCACUCGGCCGCCCAGGGAACUUUGGCCAUCGCUAGAGCGGCUCGAUCACUUGGCUUCUACAACAUUGCACUCGACUAUUUGAACAAGUUUGAUUCAUUCUUUGGUAGGAAGUUGAAUAUUAAUAAUUUUUGACAGCUCGGUUAAAGAUCCGCGUGAACCCUAACGAGUUCACUUGGAUUUAGAAUUCAAAAGAUUACAUAGUACAACUGUACAUAACUACAGCUUAUAAUUUUUCAUCUUUUCUGCGCGGCCCUGAAAUUUCUGAUGUUUGAGGAGUCGAGAAGUCAUUCAAGUCUCCGAACGUCAUCAUUUUCAAAGUUCAGACUGGCAACGCUGGUCACGGUGCCGAUGCUAGACGCUCAUCAGAAGGUGACGGAACACGUGCGAGUCCUGCGAGCGAUGGCAAAGGCCUCGCGAAAAGACGGAGACGAGAAGGGCUGGCGGCAGUCCAACUACGAGGCUCUCGAGAUUCUCGAGGAACUCCGCGCCGAGGAACUCAACCGCGAACAGCUGGCCAAGCUCUACUGCCAGAAGGCGUGUGUCCUCAGCGAAAUCGGCAGGUGAUCCAACUCACUUCUUGAUCUUUUGGACAUUCGGCCUCUUCAGGUUCUCCGACGCCGAGUGCACGUUUUCUGCGGCGGCGCAGCUCGUCGACAUGCAGAUUCCGAUCUCUCAAGUUGCCACGAGCUGCAUGAAGUCUUGGGGCCACUAUCUCUACCGAAAAUUCCUUUCGCGCCCGUUCGUUUCUUUUUUCCUUCUCUGUGAAAAAAAAAAUGCAUUUCUUGUUUUUCAAAGCUUUCUUCAAUCUAUCUCGAUCUAUCUUAUCAAAAUCUUCUAAUAUCACUAUAAAAGGUCAGCGACAUUUUUGCAGACCAUCUCUUGCGUCUUCGGAAGCGUUCGCGCGUCCAGCGGUCAACAACUAUCUGUGCGCCGCCCGUGUAGAUAACGAGCCCAAGGCGAGAAAGUACAUAGCUCGGUAGGCUGUCAGUCGGACGUUUCCACCGACCUUCUCUCGAAUUUAGUGUUUUCUGGCUCUCGAAACACAUCGAUGUUUGUGGAGACGAGGCGAAAGAGUCUAUGAAGAGAGUUGUGCGCAACAGCGUCCGCUACCUCAACACGUACAACUGGUUAUAUUGGUAAGUUUCUUUCCGCAAGGAGCUCUUUUUAAGAGAAACAAGAACCGUAAAAAGAUCUUGAGAUGUUUUUUCUUAUUUCAAGUUUUCAAUAUCUUUCAAAAAUUUUGAAUCUUCCUUUUUUUAUAAGAUCUUUAGUUAGAAGCCGUGAAAGUUCAAAUAGGCUUUUCAGAAGCGAAUUUUUCCUAUGCAUGAAAAAGUUAUUGUUUGCAAUGAAAAAGUUCAGGCUCCCUCAAUUGAUGACGGACAUAAAACGAAAUUCGCACUCGCCAUUCAUUCAUAUUCUGAUCAAGGUAAACAUUUAUUUGAUCCUAGUGAAAAAUUUUCUGGAAUCAAUUACUCAUAAACAAAAAAAAAAGAAAAGAAGGCCAGAAAGGAUUCUUCUUUUUUAUUAGAGGGCAUUGUGAUUUCUUGUUUGAGUACUUUUUUUCAGCUGGCCGGAGCCUAUCCGAUGCAAACUUUCUACGGCCUCCGCGAAGUGAUGAGUCCUUCUUUCAUAAACAGGAUUUGUGCUGAAGGUUUUUCAGUGCAGUUCCUCAUCUCACUUAGUUUGCUUUUUGAAGAUUCGCAGCCCGAAGAAGACGAGAAGCCGGACGAGUUCGCCUACGAAGAAAAAUUACCGUCGGAAAGGGUUCUCAGAAUCGUCUUGCGUCACAGACCUACCGACGUUCGGGUGAAUAUCGCAGCUAACUUAUCCAAAAAAACAGAAAUUAUUAUCAGUGAAUCGACGAAGAUAAUCAUGCUUAAUUUUGCAAUCAAAAAUCGAAAAAAAAAAAUAAAAUUUACAACUCGAAGAAAGGUUUUUAUGAAAUUGACUAUGACAGGAGUUCAUAUUUGGAAUUUUUAUUAGGAAUCGGAAACAAAAAUAGAAAAGACGUCGAGUCACAUGUCCAAGCUGAUUCAAAGUUUCAAGGUUUUCAAUCGGUUGCUCAGUGAAUUGGACGAGAUGCGGGAGCUGUGGACAGAACGACAUUUGAGAUUUGCAAUCGCCCUCAAAGACCAACUCUUUAUGUGAGUUCCUCGAGGACCUGAUGAGGGAACAACUAUCGGCUCAGGGAUCUCUACAACCAGAUGAGCUCUCCUUUGAAAGGAGCUGAGCCUUCCUUCACCUCGGUGGGCCUGAUCGAACGAUGGAGGCUACAUCUGGAAGAAGACCUGGAGCGACAUCGCGCUCGUGCAUCUCUCGAACUGACGCCUCAACGUCUUCAGCUGCAAGUUCCGCGGCCGGUCUCUGGCUACGGCUCCGCUCGCGGGUGUCUCCGGCCAGAAGAUUCUGUCGUCGAAGAGUUGCUUUUCGAAAACGAAGUCCCCCGUGCUUCUGAUGACGUCAUCAUAGUAGAGCCUGAAUACGUCGUAUGUCUCUUAAGAGCCCAUCUGUUUCUAAAUUGUUUUCUUUCCAGUUUGUCAGCGAAAUGACCUCGAAAGUGUUGAACAAACUCAUGACGAACGUCAAACUUCUCGAGUUCACCGAAUUUUUGAUCGAUUGGAUCAAGGCACUCAAUAAGCGACUCGACAAAAUGCCAAAGUACUUUUCUUGCAAUUUUUGAGAUUUUUUCCUGCAAAGCUAACUUUUUAUAGGAAUGUUCCGUUGGACAGCGUCAGCAACUACUUGGCUCAGUUCACUCAUCGCGUCGCCUGCAUAGAGAUGCCUUUCGACUUGAUGAAUGUGCUGAAAGUGCGUAACCACGUCAACAACUCGGUCAGUUUUCCUCCCCUUUAAUCAGCUAACGAGAAUACUUUCCCUGUCGUUUCUUUUCAUUUGAUUCAGUUUCAGAACCAAGCUGGUCAAUACGUUUCCAUGAUUUCACGUUUUGAUCCACGUGUCGAAAUCGGCGUCCGUGGCGGAAAAGUGGCUCGUCGGAUACAUUUACGAGCGCAAACUGGAAAAGUUGUUUUUUGGAUGAAUUAUUUGCACCUCGUGUCUUACAGACGUGCUCCUACUACUUGAACAAAUCCGUUUGGGAGGAGCCCAUCAACCGCGUUUCUCAGUUCUUCCAGCACGUCAACAACAUGCUCCAAAAAGAAAGGGUGCUUGAUUUCCCGAGUCUUCUCUUUCCAACUCUGAUUUUUCAGGAAACAGCUCGACGUCAUCUUCAUGUUCCAACAGUAGCACAGUUGAGAAUCAGUGGCCAUUCUUCUCUGCAUGAGAUCUCUUGUGAGCGAAUUUACCCUUGUUUGUCCGCAAAAGUAUGCUAAGUCCUAUUUCCUUUUAGAGUUUUAUCCAAUACUCAUUAGUUUCCUUGUUUUUCCUGAGCCAGUUUUUAAUGAGAAGAUCUCGAAAUUCCUCGGAACGUAAAAUUUUCCUGGACCAGAAACAUAAUAUGAAGAAAACUAGUCUUUUUAAAAUUUUUACCAAGGCGAGCAGAAUCAAUGGCUCAUCGAAAAUUUUCAGCAAAUAAGAAUGGUCUUUUGAAAUUUUUUUUUCCAAAUACACUUCUACCAAUUUUCUUUCUCGCUUUUCAAAAACAGAAUUCCAUGUUGCAGACCAAGAAUAACUCGUUUUUCAGCCAUCCAACCGUACAUGCAGUCUUCGGAGACAGGAAUCGCUUCGCCAGCUGCCCUCGUUGAGGUUGUUUGUGAAACGGAAGACUCUUCAACUCCGAGUUUCAGAUCAUUCACCCAAUAAACAUCGUCUCUUCGUCAUACGCCGACAUGGGCCAGCACCCAGACGACAUCGUCCUCACCUUCUUCCAGCAGUUUGAGCUGGCCCACUGGGAGAAGUGGCCCGAGUACUGCAAGCAUCUGCAGCAGCACCGCGAGGCGAACGGACUGCCGCCGUUGUCGGUCUACGACGGCAAGGAGGAGCAGCAGAAGCACGCCAUGAGCGCUCUCAACGUCGUCUACGAGUUUGUUCUUAUUUUUUUUUAUAUUAUCAAGGUUUUCGCUAUUUAACGAAGAGUUUCAAAAAAUUAUUUAAAUCAUGAAGACGAAAAAUAAAAGCAACCUUUAUAUGUUUCUAUGAAAAUAUAUUCAAUUUACUAUCGAGGAAAAAAGAAAGCACCACGAUCGUAAUUGUUUGAAAUUUGAGAAAAGAUCAAUUUAUGCCCAUCGAGACGUUUUGCGGAUAUGAAUUUUUCAUGAUUUACUUAUCGGACUCUUUUUGAUUCAGGAACUUCUCGCAGUACUUUGUCACUAACAACAUUUUGAACUAUUACUUGCACACACGAUAUCCGGAUCCGACCAUGUACUACAUGAUGAGAAAACAGGUUUUUUUCAACGUUUUAAAUUUAAUAAUUCUCGAAAUGUUUGCCAGUUGGCUCAUUGCUUGGCUGUACUGUCGCUGCUAGAAAGGACUUGCUCCUUAACCCCUCUUUACCUGGGAGACAUGAGCAUACAGGCCAAUACCGGCGUUCUUUACAACCCGAACUACCGUUUUGAUGCUAGAAGUGAUAGCGGUUGGUGAUUGUGUUGCUGAAUCAUUAGUAUCGAAAAAUGCUUCUCAGGUCAUCUGGAAACAACAACGAAGAUUGUGCCGUUCCGUCUGACGCCAAACUUCGACUUCUUCUUGGGCAUGUCGACGGAAGGCGACUUCUUCUGGAGCAUGUUGGCCGUCGGACAGUGUCUGAGUCGUCGAGACCCCGACAUUAUCCUCCAGGCGCUGCUCUGGGACGAACAUGCCGAGCACCCACAGUCACAAGGAAAAAGCGAGGUUUCGAUCGUUUUGUGGUGGAUUCCGAAGUCUUCUUCUCAUUUAGGCUACCGUUUGCGCCUCAGUCACUAAUUUCGUCAAUACGAUCACCAACAACAUUCAAGGUUUGGUUUUCGUUUGAUUUUGUGAUAAAGUAUAAUUUUUCAAUAUAAUUUUCGAUGAAAAUUAAUUUAACUGAAAAAAAAAAUCAUAAAAGAAAGAAAGAUUUUUAGGGUAGCCUUACGUUAACCAACCUUUCAACCACCUUUUUUUAAAAAUCAAGUUCUCCCUUUUUAUCUAUUGGUUGAAAAUUUACAGUGUCGCAAGCACCUGAGAAAAAGGGAAAAUUUUGACAUUCUAUGGGUCUAUUUAUUACGGAACUAGUUUCAGUUUCUUCUAAUCCUUUAAAUAUUGAAGAAAAAUUCAUCAUUAUCAAACGCAACGGUUGCAGAUCUGAGCGGUCCGCGAGCAGUCUAUCAGAUGGGAUCGCUGAUUGAACAAGCACGACGUGUAGAAAAUCUAGUCCGUAUGCCUCCGUCUUAUCAUCCAUGGUUUUAA